GCACUGAACGCUAUGUACCUCUCAUUCCCGCACUUUGCCACACAACACCUGGACUCCGCGGAGGACUUCAUAGUCUUGAGCAUCCCGGCCCUGAUCUACGUCUUCAUGGCCAAUGAGAUGGCCAGGCACGUGGAGACUGCCAGCAAGCAGAGAUCCCUUGCAGCGGGCAGCGUGCUUCACUUGUCUGGUCGGAAGGUCAUGGAGGCAUGGCCAAACUUGGAGCAUGUGGUUGGCACAACCUUGCAAAGUGCUAUCGACUCAGAGGGCCCAGUUAUACUUCGAAGCAGGCUCCAGCUGGAGAGGGUUACGUAUGUUUGGAGCCAAUCCCCACCCAUGCAUGGAUCGGUGUUUUCCCCUUCUGGAUACCGAGCUCUGGCUCCUUGGGCCCACUAUGCAACUCUGAUGGCGAUUUGUCGGGCAAAAGGCAGUCUGACGCAAGCCAUCAUUAUUGUCAAUGUCAUCCUGCUAGUCAUUAUGGGCCUGAGCAGUAGCUGUCUGUGCUUGACCCUGAAGCAGGGCAUUCCUCCGCCACCCGCCGCAGUGAGGGCAGCGAUGGAAAGUCCAUCGCAGCUUGAGCUUCAGAACCAAGCCAGUUGGCAGGGGAAUGAACAUGAAGAUCACAGAAGCCGCCCUGGAUGA